UCCUGGGGCAUAUGCCGACGUGCUAUCAGCAGUAUCACCCGCACCAGGCUGCUGCUGAGUUGUGGUGAUGCAGAGGAAAAUCCCGGCCCUUCAUUGCGAGGAAUGCAGUGGAACUCAGCUGGACUUGCCCAGGCCAAGAGGCUUGCUCUCCACAAAACCUUUGUUGAGGAGAAUGUGACAUUCUGCCUUCUAAGCGAGAGGAAACUAUCUUGUGCGGAAGUGUCGUGUUUCACAAUCGCUGGUUACCAACAUCAUGGAGCACCCCGCCCCUCUAAAGGAGGCGGUGUUUCGAUUCUUGUGCGUGAAGAUCUGCCAGUGGAAGUAGGACUCACCGUAGUUGCAAGCAUUGAGCAUGCCCAUGCAACGAUCCACAUGUCAGAAGGUCUGGUGCUCACAGAGAUGUCAGCAUACUUCCCUCCGGGGAGAACAUACACAACUUCGCAACUAGACACGCUUUUAAUGACAAGCGGACCUCACCCCAAUGGUGCAGAUGCUAAUGCGCAUGCAAUGGCAUGGGAUCGCGCGAUCCCCCCUGAUACCCGUGGCGAUGUGAUAGUACAAUGGUGCCUAGAUAAUGACCACGUUAUUCACAACACUGGAGAUUGCACUCGCCCACACCACACGCCAUGGCCCGUCCGCGCAAGAUGUGACAAUAUCCCGAGAUUGCCGUCUAGAGUACUGGACGGCAUCCUUCUCCCCGGACAGCGACCAUUACACCAUCCUCUUCGACGUAGCAGUAGGAGAUGA